AUGUCUAACGUAGCAAUUGGAAAUUCAAAAUAUUUGGAUUGUUAUAACUUUAAAAAAUUUUCGCUGGACUUGACAAAUGGAGAUUUAUGGUAUGGCACUACGAAAUUAUUCAGCGCUUUUACCUUACAUUUCCAAAAAAUAACGUUGUCAACUCGAGAAAUUGGAAUAAUGACUAGGAAUGGUUGUGAUGGGGAAUGGAUAUUCAUUGGCGGUCAGAAUACAUCAUCACACUGUGAUAACCGUCGACAGUAUAUAACACCAAAUGUAACAACUACUAUUCAACAAUUGGUACAGGACAUUCGUAUUCAAGACAAGACAGUGUUAUCUGCAUAUAAAAGGAAAAAGAUAUGUGCAGAUGAUUCUAGGGUCACUUGCGUUAGCUUGGGUUGUAUAGGAAGUGUUGUCAUUAUCCUUAUUGGGAUGUUUAUAGUCAUUCUGGAUUUGUUACCAAAACGUGUCCAGUCGGAAUAGAUAAAACAAAACAAAAAAGACAA